GCCCGGGGUAAGAUCUCCUCUCACUUGUCCCCCUCUGCCUAACUCUGCUUCCCAGAAUUCCCCCAGCUCCGGCCCGAGCCCACCUGGCUCGGCGAGGCGCGGCGACCCGGAGGCGGACAGGCAAGCCCAAGCUAGGCCUCGCUUCCGGCCUCUCGCCCAGUCGCCAUGGCAACAAGCGCGGGGCCGCUUGGGAACCGUUGAGCUUCCAGAGCCAUUUGAGGAUCCAGGUGUUGUACUGCGACGGGUUUUGCAGUUACUGUCCAUGAGAGCAGAGUGGGGAACCAGACCAGGUCAGAAGUCUAGAUGUCAGAAGAGAGCUGGCGCCAAAAAGAAACUCCAGCAGACCAAAGUGACUGUCCUACCGAGUUAUGGUCUUCCGAGGCUCCCGUAGCGCCGCACAGCUCCAGCGGCACCUCCCUCCCGGAAAUUUGUCCACGCCCUGCUUCGGCCCUCCUUGAGGAGGCAGCACCCCAGAGCGCCUCCCAAGCUCUUCUCGGGACUGUACCCAUGGCCAACUUCGAGGAGGUGAGCGUGUCCGGCUUCGAGGAGUUCGACCAGGCUGUGAAGGAGCACCAGGGCAAGACCAUUUUCGCCUACUUUAGCGGUUCUAAGGAUGCCGAAGGGAAGAGCUGGUGUCCGGACUGCGUGGAAGCUGAGCCAGUCGUUCGAGAGGGACUGAAGCAUGUUACCGAAGACUGUGUGUUCAUCUACUGCCAAGUAGGAGACAGACCUUACUGGAAAGACCCAAGUAAUGACUUCAGACAAAAACUGAAAUUAACUGCAGUGCCUACAUUACUUAAAUAUGGAACGAUUCCUAUAGGAAUCAACAAUUGCAUCAUGAAGAGCACAAUCAGACUACAAUCAGUUCUACAGGCAGCCCAGGAAUCAAUUCAGAAAAGUGACUAGGAUUUAAAGAAAAGGUUUGAAAUGUUUUCCUCUAAUUUUUAAGAUAGGGUCUGUCUGUGUGGCCUUGAUUGGCCUUAAACUUGCUACAUAACCAGACUAGUUUCGAACUUACAGAGGUCUGCCUGCCUCUGCUUCCUGAGAGCUAGGAUUAAAGGGGCAUUAGUCUAAACUUCUGGGUUUUUUGUUGUCUACCCCUUUAGGGGAGGGUGAGUUCAAGACAGGGUUUACCUGUGUAGCCCUGGCUGUCCUGGAAGUAGCUUUGGAAACCAGUCUGGCAUUGAACUCAAGAGAUUCGCCCACCUCUGCCUCCCAAAUGUUGGGAUUAACCCAAAUGUUGGGAUUAAAGGUGUACACCAGCUUGGUUUUCUUUUUUAAGACAAAGCAGAGAUGAGUUCAAGGUUUUAUCACUAAAAGGGAUAGUUAUGUGAUUGUAAUGUUUCUUACAAUUUAGUAAAUCCUCUAAUAAAAUUGUCUAUCAAACAA